UGUCUGCUUCGGUUUCAUUUUUAUUUGUGGCUGAAAGUUGCCGAGUCAUGGAGCACACAUUCCUCGCUGCAGCGUUUGGAAGGCUGCCCGGGAAACUCCUCCACGCGAGGGGCUGACGCUUCCUCCGCUUCUCUGACAGCUCCGGUCCGACUGCGAGACGUCCGGUGUCAUAUCGGUCCCGGGAUUAGUAUGUGUACAUCUGUCCGUCCUCGGAGCGCAACAAGAACCCUCUUGUGGACAGCGAAUGACAACCAUUCUGCACUCACCUGUGGAUCAUUCACAUGCAGAGCACAUGAAACAUUAGAAUGACUCAUUUCAAAGCAUUAUAAACUCUGGACCUCUGGGCAGUUAAGGAUCAUGCUUUGCUUCGGAUUUGGGAAUUUCUGACACAUUUUUCUGUCAGUCAUGCAGGCUCAGCAGUCAACAGACAUGGAAACAACUUUUCUACCUGACAGCAUGAAUGUUUUUCCGACCCCUGAUAACUUCUCAAGAAAACGUUCAGGGACUUCUGUUUUUGUCGCGUCUGCCUUUUCACCCAGCCGGGAUCCUGCAAGGACAGUAGUAUUUUCUUUUUGGUAUCAUGGUGAUCUCUCCAAUUGAACAUUGACUUCUGGUUUAAGUAAACAAUGGAGAAUGUGGUGACAGAGGUUUUUAAUCAACUCUUUCAAAGUCCUCGACGUCUCUACUCACUGAAAUAAGUGCCUAAAAGUCGAACACAUUUUUAACGGAUUAGUGCCACAUAAAUCUGCAAUUUCCGCACAAUGCAGUGUUCAUUGAGAAAGAGGCGACCUACGCGGGAUUCAGAUUUCUCAGCCAUCGUGGUUCCAUCCAUGCAUGGAUCUGGGUACCUGGACUACACUGUAGAGGGUCACGCAUCCAAGUCCUUCAAGGUCAUGGACGAGUUCCGGCAGCAGGAAAAGCUGUGCGAUCUGGUGCUUCACGUUACCUACAAGGACAGCACAGUGGACUUUAAGGUGCACAAGGUGGUGCUGGCCUCCUGCAGCCCCUACUUCAGAGCCAUGUUUACCAGCAGUUUUAAGGAGUGUCACGCCUCUGAGGUCACGCUGCGUGAUGUCUGCCCCCAGGUGGUGGGAAGACUCAUUGACUUUGCCUACACAUCACACAUCACUGUGGGGGAGAAGUGUGUUUUGCAUGUUCUCCUGGCGGCCAUGAGGUACCAAAUGGAGGAUGUAGCCAAAGCUUGUUGUGACUUCCUCAUGAAGCAUCUGGAGCCCUCGAAUGUGAUCGGGAUUGCUCGCUUUGCUGAGGAGCUCGGUUGCAAGGAGCUUCAUCAGCAAAGCAGAGAGUAUAUCAACACACACUUCAGCGAGGUGACUAAAGAGGAGGAGUUCUUCAGUCUCACGCACUGUCAGCUGUUGGAGUUGAUCAGUCAGGAGAGUCUCAAGGUGCUCUGUGAGUCAGAGGUGUAUAAAGCCUGCACAGACUGGGUUCGCUGGGACAUGGAGAACCGCUCUCAGUAUCUCCACGCUCUGCUCAAUGCCGUCCACAUCUACGCUCUACCACCCAAGUUUCUGAAGAACCAGCUUCAGUCGUGCCCUAUCCUCAGCAAGGCCAACUCUUGUAAAGACUUCCUUUCAAAGAUCUUUCAGGACAUGACGCUCCGGAAGCUUCCUCCAGCACCACUCCGUGGAACCCAACUUAUCUACGUGGCUGGCGGGUACCGACAGCAUUCCUUGGCCACCAUGGAGGCGUAUGAUCCUAGAAGUAACGCCUGGAUCAAGUUGGCUGAUAUGGACUCUCCCUGCAGCGGUCUCGGGGCCUGUGCACUUUUCGGGCUACUCUACACUGUGGGAGGACGAAACCUGUCGUUACAAAACAACACUGAAUCCAGCUCCCUCUGCUGCUACAACCCCAUGACCAACCAGUGGAGCCAGCGAGCGUCUCUCAACGUGCCCAGGAACAGAGUCGGGGUUGGUGUGGUGGACAGUUGCAUCUAUGCUGUGGGAGGCUCCCAGGGCUCCACGCACCAUAACACUGUAGAAAGGUGGGAUCCGGAGUCAAACCGCUGGUCCUAUGUUUGUCCAAUGUCGGUGGCUCGCCUGGGAGCCGGUGUGGUGGCGUGUGGGGGGGCGCUGUACGUGGUGGGGGGGUUCGAUGGCCAGAACCGCUGGAGCACUGCAGAGAAAUACCAGCCAGACACGAACACAUGGCACCAACUGGCCUCCAUGAGCACCGUCCGCAGUGGACUGGGGUUGGUGGCCCUCAACUCCUACCUGUACGCUGUCGGCGGCUACGAUGGACGUAGUCAACUCAGUUCUGUUGAGUGUUAUAACGUUGCCAGGAACACUUGGGAGCCCAGAGCCUCCAUGCAGUACUGCCGCAGUGCACAUGGUGUCGCUGUCCACCAGGGGCGCAUCUUCGUUCUCGGUGGCUUCAACCAGCUGGGAUUCCUAUGCAGCGUCGAGUCCUACCAUCCUGACAAAAACGAAUGGACGUGCAUCACUGACAUGCCAGUGGGACGCAGUGGCAUGGGCAUCGCUGUUACCAUGGAGCCGUGUCCAGGCAGCCUGCCAGAGGAAGAGGAGGACUUCGGAACAACAUAGUCCCAGGAGAUCCCAAACAAAGUGUUAAAUCCAGUAUCAGGUAGCAUUAAUGUAGAACUGUUGACGGUGAUGUUUCCUCCGAAGAUCGUUUUAGGACCAACAGUCUGCUGUGAACUCUCAUUUUAACUGUUAUUUAAUUGAAUAUUAGUAUACCAUCAUGUCAGAUGUUGAUGAUGAAUCUUUUUCUACCUCUUGUUUCUGACUCCACCACUUUCCCCGUAUCACAUGUCAAUCUUCAUUCACACGCAACACAACUGCCAUGGCUGUAUGUUCUGUCUGUAAUUCAUUGUGUGGUUAUAUUUAGGGGACCUCCGUCCCCCCAAAUAAAAAAAUAAUCGCUAUUUAAA